ACAAAUUAAGCUAGUUACAAAACGACGAAUUUUAACUCCGAGAAUUUUCACUUUGCUAAAUUGAAAUAAGUGACUUCUAAACGAGUCAUUUUAUUAGAGAUAGGAUUUUCUAUUUUUGAAAAUAAUUUAUACGGCAAUAAAAUGUUUUUUUUAUCGCUGACACUCCUGACAGUCAAAUUACGUCAAUUCGCCCAACACCAGGAUCAGACAAUAAUAGACUGGCUCCAGUAGUGCGUCAGCUGCAUAGCCUCUGCAUUUCUACUGUAUUUAUGGUUAUCGGUCGGUGCAUCGUCUCGUUGUGCUGCCUGUCAACACUGUCAAUAGCAAUACUCUGCAUCUCAAACCGAGAAUCACGUAACACACACGAGGAUCAUCGCGAAAGAGGAGAGAAACGUCAAGGCAGACGAUAGCGUGAAAAAAAAACGCCACAACCGUGACAAACAACAGUAAGGAAAAACGCUUCAGUGUCUACAAAAAAUGUGCCAAACAAAAACAGCUUAGAUGAGGGAGAGAAAGAGUGAGUUAGCUCCAAAAGUGAUUUUGGAGCUCAUUGCUGGCUAUAACCUUCAAAUUAGAAAGGCAGUUAGCCUUUGCUUGCUCGGCUUUUAGCCAGCAGUAUUGUAUCAACGAGUGGCACGAGCUGGUGCAAAGACCUUUUAGGAGCUGCAUAAUGUCUUCGAAAGGAAAGAACAAAAAUAGACUGUCCGACAGGCGAAAACGUCAUGUCGUGGGCAAGGAGGAGAGGUAUCGACAGGAAAGGGAUAAGUCCGACAAAGAGGAAUCUGAACCCGAGGAAGAAUGGCCAAUUGCCUUUCCCGUUGCAAUGUGGGAUCUUGAACAAUGUGACCCCAAAAAGUGUUCGGGUAGGAAACUCGCAAGGCACAGACUGAUCAAGACUCUCAGACUCGGUGCUCGGUUUCCUGGACUUGUGCUGACCCCUGUAGGAACUAAGUGCGUGAGUCCACUGGACAAGGAGAUAGUUCAGGACAACGGCUGCGCGGUGGUGGACUGUAGCUGGGCUCGUCUGGACGACACUCCCUUCAGUCGAAUGCGCACUCCGCAUCCAAGGCUGCUACCUUUCCUCGUGGCCGCGAACCCGAUAAAUUACGGAAAGCCGUGUCAAUUAAGCUGCGUCGAAGCCAUAGCCGCGACGCUAAUUAUCACCGGCUUUCCCGAGGAAGCCAACUUCUACCUCGGCAAAUUUUCUUGGGGCCAUUCAUUCCUCGAGCUGAACGCUGAGUUGCUGGAAAGCUAUGCGGCCUGCAAGAGCAGCGAAGAAAUCAUAGCCGCGCAGGACAAAUUCUUGGCUCAAGCGCGACAGGAAAGGCAAGACAGGCUGGCAAUGCCAGACUUCCCGCCGUCAGAAAGUGAAUCAGAGGAAGACGAGGAGGAGGAGGGGGAGGAAGGUCAGGAUGGAAAUAAGGAGAGCAAAGACGAGGCGAAGAAGGAUGAAAGUAGUACCAGUAAGGAUGAUACGACGGCAUCGGGAAGCUCGAGUUCGACGACUGCGAAAGAAGAUGAUGCAUGAUGAUGUUCCUCGGUACUUGUGUCGCUUUCGCUCUCGUCAUUGUAAAUAUCCGCGACAGCGGUAAAAACUUUGAAGACUCGCUAUCGUAUAAAGAUAAUUUAUUAUUUUAUACGUAUUUAUACGUGAACGCAAUAAUACGUACGAAUACAUAUAAAUAUAUAAAAGUAAACUGUA